AUGAGCAAUAUUAAGGCGUUUCAAUUAAAACCCUUAAAAAAGAAGGAAUUGUUGGAUAAGCUGGAGGAAUUCAAAAAGGAGUUGAGUGGUUUAAGAAUAAGCAAAGCCAUAGGGAACUCAGCAAAGAACUCAAAAAUAUGCAGCGUCCGAAAAAACAUCGCACGAGUCCUAACAGUCUACAAUCAAAGGAGAAAAAUGGAGUUAAGAAGAAAAUACAAAAACAAAAAAUUCAAGCCAUACAAUUUAAGAAAAAAAUUAACGAAAGCUAAGAGAUUGGAAUUAACUCCAAAACAAAAAGCUGCCAUGACAUUAAGAACACAGAAGAAAGUGAAAAAUUUCCCCAAAAGAAAAUACCUUUUAGUUGCCAAGGAAUAA